GGCAAUGCCAACACCGGAAACAACGGCGUCCAAAAGUCCACCCUCGCCGGCGCUGACUUCGGUCUCUGCGUGCCCACCAUGAGCUUCGUCGGCGGCCGCGCCAACCGCAAGGCCACCGAAUUCACCUUCCAGGCCAAGGACGCGCUCGUUGCCAAGGGCCAGCAGGAGGCGCUCAACCCCAACAUCAUCACCAACCGCAUCUGCGACCAGCUGACCAACGUCUGCCAGGCCAACGCAGCGGCCAAGACGGCCUGCUUGGACGCCAAGGUCCAGAUCCAGGCUCUGGGAACGAGGGACGCUGCUACUGCGGAGAAGUGGAAUGAGCUCUUGGGCUUUGCUGGGACUGAUGUUUCUCAGUAA